AUGUCGACCAUGCUCAAAAGCGUUCUCAACUCGCCUUUUUUCAGCGACAAUCGCCGCAAGUCGCUCUAUGGCAAUUUCAGACGUCUCAAGACCACCAAUACUGAGGGCUACGAGGCCAACAUCACCGCCUGGAAGUCUGUCAUUCUUGAUUUCUGCAGAUCCAACCACCAUGUGACCUUGACGACCGGCCCCAAACUGCUCAACGAUCUCAUCCUUGCUCCUCACGGCAAGCCACAGGGCCUGGACAUUGUUUUGGACCAACUGCAGGAACAGGAAGCCAUCACCGACCUCAACACAUACUUGGGGCGGUUCUACAUGGACAUUUGUGGCACCAGGCCUAGCGGUAUUGCGUCCAUGGUGUCUUGGGGAGUUGCAUCGCUCAUGAGAUCCUCUGGAAUGGUCAAAAACCCGCUGGAAAACGCAUCAAACGGACCUGGUACGCUCAAGGAACGCACAUUUGUGGUUUCGGACCUGGUUCAGGAGGCUGCAGAAACAGCGGUGGACUACAAGGGCUAUGUUGGCAGCAUCUACACGUUUGGGGAGCUUGUGUGUGUGAUCCAAAAGUCACAAAAGGGCUACAACGCCGUCGACGCCAAGUGCAUUCUGUCCAGACUCUACAGUACAGGCAAGUGUUCCAUCUCUCCGGGAACUGACAUGGUCGACGUGUCCAACUGUCCCGUUCACUACGACAUUACCGUCAUCAAGUUUGGCGAUGGAAAGGACCCCGUCACCGAACAGGACCGGUCUAUCGCUACUCUCAAGCAGACCAUGAAUGAUAUCCAGACCAAGAUCACCACAAUUGAGACUCGUAUCGAGGAAUGCACCAAGGAAGCGAAGCGAUAUCUGCAAAACAAGAACAAGAACACGGCGCUGUCGUAUCUCAAGAUGCGUAAGCUCAAUGAGAAGUCGCUGGAGAACGCCUCUUCUUCUCUCGUCAAGCUGGAGGAGGUCAUGCUGGCUAUCGACAGCGCUGUGACUUCUCAACAAGUAGUGGGCCAGCUGGAGUCUUCCUCGGAGCUCAUCAAGCGCAUCAACAAGGAGAUUGGAGGUGCCGAGAGAGUCAACAAGGUCAUGGAUGAGUUUGACGAGCAGAAAUCGCUGUCACGUGAGAUCCAGGACGCCCUCGAACAGGACAAUGUGCCCGAGGAGGAGAUUGAUGACGAGCUCGCUCUCAUGGAGGCCCAGGAGAUGGCCAAGAAGGGCGAGAAGGACGAUCUUGUCGACAGGCUAGCGGACCAGUUUGGAGAACUCAAGAUCCCCACCACAACGCCGUCUGCAGAGACAAAGUCCGAAGAGCUAAAUGCCACAAGGCCGGAGGCUCCACUACAGGCGUAG